AGGCAGAUAAGCAGAGCUGGGGAGGGGGGAGGUCCCCAUAUAUAGCAGAAAGGACAGGACCCCGCUCAGUCCCUCCUUAGGUGGCCUGUGCUGCUUGGUGCGGGUGUGACCUCUCUCGAGAUGCCUGAGCCAGGGAAAAAGCCAGCCUCUGCCUUCAGCAAGAAGCCGCGGUCAACAGAAGUGGCCGCGGGCAGCCCUGCGGUGUUUGAGGCGGAGACAGAGCGUGCAGGAGUGAAGGUGCGCUGGCAACGAGAGGGCAGCGACAUCGCCGCCAGUGACAAGUACUGCCUGGUGGCCGAGGGCAGGCGGCACACGCUGACCGUGCAGGACGUGGGCCCUGCUGACCAGGGCUGCUACGCCGUCAUUGCAGGCUCCUCCAAAGUCAAGUUUGACCUCAAGGUCAUAGAAGCAGAGAAGGCAGAGCCCCAACCAGCCCCUGCCCAGGCCCCUGCAGAGGCCCCAGCAGCCCCAGGAGAAGCCCUGGCUACUGAGCCGGAAGGAAGCGCCCCAAGUCCCGAAGGGUCAAGCUCAGCAGCCCCCCAUGGCCCUGCCCCUGGGGGCUCUGGAGCCCCUGAUGAUCCCAUUGGUCUCUUCGUGAUGCGGCCGCAGGAUGGCGAGGUGACGGUGGGGGGCAGCAUCACCUUCUCAGCUCGAGUGGCCGGGGCCAGCCUCCUGAAGCCACCCACCGUCAAGUGGUUCAAGGGCAAGUGGGUGGACCUGAGCAGCAAGGUGGGCCAGCACCUGCAGCUGCAUGACAGCUACGACCGGGCCAGCAAGGUCUACCUGUUUGAGUUGCACAUCACCGAUGCCCAGGCCAGCUCUGCUGGUGGCUACCGCUGCGAGGUGUCCACCAAGGACAAAUUUGACAGCUGCAACUUCAACCUCACCAUCCACGAGGCCAUUGGCCCCGGAGACUUGGACCUCCGAUCAGCUUUCCGCCGCACGAGCCUGGCCGGAGGAGGUCGGCGAACCAGUGACAGCCACGAGGACACUGGGACUCUGGACUUCAGCUCCCUGCUGAAGAAGAGCAGCAGUUUCCGGACCCCGCGGGACCCAAAGCUGGAGGCGCCAGCCGAGGAGGACGUGUGGGAGAUCCUGCGCCAGGCACCCCCCUCCGAGUACGAGCGCAUCGCCUUCCAGCACGGCGUGACCGACCUGCGCGGCAUGCUCCGGAGGCUCAAGGGCAUGAAGCGCGACGAGAGGAAGAGCACAGCCUUUCAGAAGAAGCUGCAGCCGGCCUACCAGGUGAGCAAGGGCCACAAGAUCCGGCUGACAGUGGAGCUGGCCAACCCUGACGCCGAGGUCAAGUGGCUUAAGAACGGACAGGAGAUCCAGAUGAGCGGCAGCAAGUACAUCUUCGAGUCUGUUGGCACCAAGCGCACCCUGACCAUCAGCCAGUGCUCGCUGGCCGACGACGCGGCCUACCAGUGCGUGGUGGGCGGUGAGAAGUGCAGCACCGAGCUCUUCGUCAAAGAGCCCCCUGUGCUGAUCACGCGGGCCCUGGAGGACCAGCUGGUGAUGGUGGGGCAGCGCGUGGAGUUUGAGUGCGAAGUGUCCGAGGAGGGGGCCCAGGUCAAAUGGCUGAAAGAUGGGGUGGAGCUGACCCGGGAGGAGACCUUCAAAUACCGGUUCAAGAAGGACGGACGGAGACACCACCUGAUCAUCAACGAGGCGACGCUGGAGGACGCCGGGCACUACGCCCUGCGCACCAGCGGGGGCCAGGCGCUGGCCGAGCUCAUCGUGCAGGAGAAAAAGCUGGAGGUGUACCAGAGCAUCGCGGACCUGGCGGUGGGCGCCAAGGACCAGGCUGUGUUCAAGUGUGAGGUCUCCGAUGAGAACGUGCGCGGCGUGUGGCUGAAGAAUGGGAAGGAGCUGGUGCCCGACAGUCGCAUAAAGGUGUCCCACAUUGGGCGGGUUCACAAGCUGACCAUUGACGAUGUGACACCUGAGGACGAGGCCGACUACAGUUUUGUGCCCGAGGGCUUCGCCUGCAACCUGUCAGCCAAACUGCACUUCAUGGAGGUCAAGAUUGACUUUGUGCCCAGACAGGAACCUCCCAAGAUCCACCUGGACUGCCCGGGCCGCACACCGGAUACCAUUGUGGUUGUGGCUGGGAACAAGCUGCGCCUGGAUGUCCCAAUCUCUGGGGACCCUGCUCCCACUGUGAUUUGGCAGAAGACCAUCACCCAGGGGAAGAAGGCCCCAGCCCAGCCAGCCCCGGAUGCUCCAGAGGACGCAGGUGCCAGUGACGAGUGGGUGUUUGACAAGAAGCUGCUAUGUGAGACUGAGGGCCGGGUCCAUGUGGAGACCACCAAGGACCGCAGCAUCUUCACAGUUGAAGGGGCAGAGAAAGAGGAUGAGGGUGUCUACACUGUCACAGUGAAGAACCCUGUGGGCGAGGACCAGGUCAACCUCACAGUCAAGGUCAUCGAUGUGCCAGAUGCCCCUGCGGCCCCCAAGAUCAGCAACGUGGGCGAGGACUCCUGCACGGUGCAGUGGGAGCCGCCUGCCUACGAUGGCGGACAGCCGGUCCUGGGCUACAUCCUGGAGCGCAAGAAGAAAAAGAGCUACCGGUGGAUGCGGCUCAACUUCGACCUGCUGCGGGAGCUCAGCCACGAGGCCAGGCGCAUGAUCGAGGGCGUGGCCUACGAGAUGCGCGUCUACGCAGUUAACGCCGUGGGCAUGUCCAGGCCCAGCCCUGCCUCCCAGCCCUUCAUGCCUAUCGGCCCUCCCGGUGAACCCACCCACCUGGCCGUGGAGGACGUCUCGGACACCACAGUCUCUCUCAAGUGGCGGCCUCCAGAACGCGUGGGCGCGGGUGGCCUGGACGGCUACAGUGUGGAAUACUGCCAGGAGGGCUGCUCUGAGUGGGUGGCUGCCCUGCAGGGGCUGACAGAGCGCACAGCCAUGCUGGUGAAGGACCUGCCUACCAGGGCCCGGCUGCUGUUCCGUGUGCGGGCACACAAUGUAGCAGGACCUGGAGCCCCUGUCACCACCAAGGAACCUGUUACAGUGCAGGAGAUACUGCAACGGCCACGGCUUCAGCUGCCCAGGCACCUGCGCCAGACCAUCCAGAAGAAGGUCGGGGAGCCUGUGAACCUCCUCAUUCCUUUUCAGGGCAAGCCCCGGCCUCAGGUGACCUGGACCAAAGAGGGGCAGCCACUGGCAGGCGAGGAGGUGAGCAUCCGCAACAGCCCCACGGACACCAUCCUGUUCAUUCGGGCUGCCCACCGCAUGCACUCAGGCACCUACCAGGUGACAGUGCGCAUCGAGAACAUGGAGGACAAGGCCACGCUGGUCCUGCAGAUCGUGGACAAACCAAGUCCUCCUCAGGAUAUUCGGGUCACUGAGGCCUGGGGCUUCAAUGUGGCUCUGGAGUGGAAGCCACCCCAAGAUGAUGGCAACACAGAGAUCUGGGGUUACACAGUACAGAAAGCUGACAAGAAGACCAUGGAAUGGUUCACUGUCUUGGAGCAUUACCGCCGUACCCACUGUGUGGUGUCCGAGCUCAUCAUUGGCAAUGGCUACUAUUUCCGGGUCUUCAGCCAUAACAUGGUGGGUCCCAGCGACAGGGCAGCCACCACCAAGGAGCCUGUCUUUAUCCCCAGACCAGGCAUCACAUAUGAGCCACCCAAAUACAAGGCCCUGGACUUCUCUGAGGCUCCUAGCUUCACCCAUCCCUUGGCGAACCGCUCAGUCAUCGCGGGCUACAACACUGUCCUCUGCUGUGCUGUCCGGGGUAGCCCCAAGCCCAAGAUUUCCUGGUUCAAGAAUGGCCUGGACCUGGGAGAAGAUGCCCGCUUCCGCAUGUUCAGCAAGCAGGGAGUGUUGACCCUGGAGAUUAGAAAGCCCUGCCCCUUUGACGGGGGUGUCUAUGUCUGCAGGGCCACCAACUUGCAGGGCGAGGCACAGUGUGAGUGCCGUCUGGAGGUGAGAGUGCCUCAGUGACCAGGCUGGCUCCCAGGGGCAGCCAGGUACGUAUUUCAGACCACCCUAACACCCAGGGCUCAAGUAAGAAGCUGAGCCUUGGCCCCUGGUCCAGGGGUGGCCAUCAGGAAACCUGUCUACUUAAAGGGAGCCUGUGUCACAGGUACAACUGGAUGCCAGCCCACGUGCCAGGAGCCUGGAGAGGUGCUGGAGGAGCCGUCUUCCUGCUGUUGUGUGUGUGUGUGUGUGUGUGUGUACUCUGGGCUGGACUAGGGAGGGACAGGAAGGGCAGCAGUUAGGUGGGCAAGCCUAGUGGGCUCUGCACAGAGGAAACUUUGAUAGCUGCUGAGGGAGCUCUCAGAUCUCUGGGGUAAAAAGUGGGUAGGCUUAGGAAGUGGUGAUUGGGAGUAGGCCCUUCAGGAGGGCACAUCUUCUCCACGUAUGAGAGCAAUAAAAGACCAGUGCAGUCACGGGACUGAC